ACCUUCGCUUUCUUUGUUUUUAGUUUGAGUGCUUUGCCAUAUUUAUAUAUAAAAAAAACCCUUUGUUUUUAUAGCUAUAAAGGCAACUAUAAAAGGAAUUAAUUAAUUAAUUAAUCUGCGUGUGUUGAGAUGGUCCAGCUUCGGAUUGGAGAUAAAAGUUAGAUGAAAUCAACGAUGAGUUCUCAGGUUAUGGUCCUUGUAGACAUCGAUUCAAGCUCAUUUUCGUUUCACUUGAGGAUCGAUUGAUUGCUCAAAGUUUAGGGGCUGUGCUUUUGAUAACAAAGAAAGUUUUAAACUUUUCUUGGACUGCGGGGCGAAGAGUUUUGUUUUUAUUUUGGUGAGGCCUACCCUGGAUGAGAUUUUUUUGAAAGGAGUUUUUCAUGUGUACAAGGACUGAACUUUAGUUUAGCAGUAGAGGAAAAUAGGGUUCUUAAGGUUAGGGUGGAAUUAGAGGCUUUCUUUGAAUGGAUCACUUGUUUUCAAGAGAAAGAGAUGUUGAAGUGGAUCUUGAAAGUGGUGGGACUACCAGUGAAGAUGAAAGAAUCCAAGAUCACGUUUCAUCAAAUAGCCAGGCAAAGAGAACUUUCAGUAGAGUUUGGAGUGAUGUUUUGAGUUUUGAUAGAAUUGGCAAGGGUGAAUGCAGCAUAAACUCGUGCAGUAGUUCCUCAAGUUUUGGUGGGGUUGAGGGUGAGAAUAUGGAGUUCUUGGUAGACAAGAAUUCAGAGGGAGAAGAGAGUCGUGAUCUCGUGGCACUUGCGGAGAAGAACUUUGCAGAAGAGAAGUGUAAGAAGACAAACUCCAGGAAGCCUCCCAAGCCACCAAGGCCUCCAAAAGGUCCAUUGUUGGAUGCUGCAGACCAGAAGUUGGUGAGGGAGAUUGCUGAACUUGCUAUGAGAAAACGUGCCAGGAUGAAACGAAUUAAAGCAAUGAAGAAGAUGAACGCAGCAAAGGUAUCAUCAUCAAGCAGUAGCCUAUCUGCUCUUGUCAUCACAGUUCUCUUUUGCCUUGUCAUACUCUUUCAAGGUAUAUGUUCCAGACGUGGUGCAAGUGUACUGUUAGAGGGGUCUCCUGCACCAGCAGUUGGCUCGAGUGAAGGCUUGAUAUCUGUUCAAUUUUACAAAAGCUUUCCUACAACUGAAAAAGAUGACCAUGAUACCCCUAGCUUGGUAGAACAGCAGGUUCCGGUUCAGUUCUUAGAGAAGAAACUAGGAAAGCUGCCAGAUGAUGUGGAGAAAUAGCUGAAGUUGCCAAUGUGGUAUCCUUGAAUCUUGAUCUUAUGUAAACAAAUUUUGAUGCAAUACCUGGCUUUGCUGAUUUCUGUACAUAUAUGAAUUGUGGAUGCCAAUCUCCAGUUGUAUAGUUUAGUAUGUAAAGCCAUUUAUUGGAACUGAAGUUUAUUACUUAAUUCUUCCAAAAUUGGGCUACUCAUGCAGAAAGAGACCUGAUAUAAAAACCUAAUCCAGAA